GGUCACUGGGAAUGGCCACUAAUUUAGGAUGCAGGAGGGUGUGGUUUGGGCUUGCUUUGGGGAUGGGCUGGGAUGAUGUUUGGGACAGGGAUGGGGACUUUGGAAAGAGUCCACAGAGAGGAAGCACACAGGGUGCUACUGGGCACCCCUGGCUGAGGUUCUGCAGGAGCAGCUGCCCUGCGGCUCUCACCGGUGGGGCAGACAGGUGGGGCUGUCCUGGGUUGGGGGAAGAGCAGAUGCCUAAGUGACAAGGCACGUGCACCCUGCAGACUGGGAAUAGGUGGGGGCAGCGGGCCGUGAGUGAGCAGGAUUCGGCACCCAGGUGCAUGACAAGUGUGUGUGUGUGUGUGCGCGCGCGUGCGUGUGUCCACACCUGCAUGCCCGCCCUGCACCUCUCUUGUGUGGAUCCCAGUUUGCGUCCAUGUUCCUCAGCUCUUUUCCUUAUGCCCUACUAAGGAAACUUUCUGGGUGUGUCUUUCCUCAUCCCACCCUUGAAAUUGUAACACUGCGGAUACACUGUCCAUGCGCUCAUGUAUCACUGCUCUCAGGGAGCAGGACACAUAGUAACAGAUCAGAUUGUUUCCGCCCCAACCUGGGAACAAGUUUUCAUCAUCCUCCUUAAGAAUGUGUGGCCUCUGCAGGGGUUUCACAUGUCUGCUCAGCCUGUGCCCCAGUCCCCUCCUGCGUCUAACUCCUGUACCCUCCUGUGGCAGGUGCAAGGGUGACAUGAUGUUAUGUGUCCAUCUGUGAGUGUCUGGGCGGACCCAUAUAGCGACAGCUCAGUGUGUAGGGGGGUGGGGGAGUGUCUUUGCAUCUUGGCGAGCCUGAAUGCCAGGCCGGUCUCUGUCCAGGUGGGUGUGGAGCCCAGGCGUGACUUUGUGGCCAUGUGAGUACCAGGACAUCUCUGUGGGCCCGGGGGGCUCAGUGCCUGCAUGUGUGCACAGGGCCUCUGUUGAGCGAGCCUGCUCCUUCUGGCAGCGACUAGACCUGUCACAUUUCAUAGCAGUGUUUGGAUAUGUCUGCAUGUUUCUGUGUCUGUGGGAGGGGGCAGCGAAGGCUGGGAAAAGCACGUGGAAAUCCUGGCUCCAACCUCGAGGCGUCCCAGUGCCAGAGACUCCUUAACCCCCACCUGGGUCCCUCCUGGCCCCACUCAGGAUGAGACACAAUUUCCCUGAGGGAACAGGACUCUUUUGUACCAGCCAGUGGCCUCUGGAGAGGGUGGGGACACUAGGGGCCGUCUGUGGGGUGGGAGAGGGCGGCAGGAAUUCACGCGGCAUGUUGGGAAUGCUGAUGCUGUGAAACCCAGUCAUUGAUGGACUGUGUCCCUGCCGGCCACCCCCAGGCCUCAGCCGUGGGACAUCUGCUCCCUCACCCCCUCACCCCCUCACCACACCCCGGCCUUGCCCCCCAUGCUGCUGUCCUCCCCUUCCCACAGUUUUCCCACAUCCCAGCUUGUGGGGAGGUGUUGCUGUGGAGUGGCUUCAGGGCUGUGUGGGAGGGUCCCAAGCAUCUGCCAGCAAGAGACACCAUGUGGCAGUCUUACAAAGGGCUGCGACCUGUGUAGGGGACACCAAAGGAGCAGGGCAGUGGGUGCUCAGGCCCCUGCCCCCUCGCACCUGUCUGACUCCUCUUCCAGGUUGGCUGGCAGCUUCAAGUGGAACCAGAGGACGUUCUCCACUCAGGGAGAUAGAGCUAUCACUAGCUUGCUGUACAAGAUGAUAUUCCUCACUGCACUGCCCCUGUUUUGGAUUAUGAUUUCAGCCUCUCGAGGGGGUCACUGGGGGGCCUGGAUGCCCUCGUCCAUCUCAGCCUUUGAAGGUACCUGUGUGUCCAUCCCCUGCCGCUUCGACUUCCCGGAUGAGCUGAGGCCAGCUGUCGUGCAUGGCGUCUGGUACUUCAACAGCCCCUACCCCAAGAACUACCCACCAGUGGUCUUCAAGUCACGCACCCAAGUCGUCCAUGAGAGCUUCCAGGGCCGCAGCCGCCUCCUGGGGGACCUGGGCCUGCGCAACUGCACCCUCCUGCUCAACAACGUCAGCCCCGAGCUCGGGGGCAAGUACUACUUCCGCGGGGACCUGGGCGGCUACAACCAGUACACCUUCUCCGAGCACAGCGUCCUGGACGUCAUCAACACCCCCAACAUCGUGGUGCCCCCGGAGGUGGUGGCGGGCACGGAAGUGGAGGUCAGUUGCAUGGUGCCGGACAACUGUCCGGAGCUGCGCCCGGAGCUGAGCUGGCUGGGCCAUGAGGGGCUGGGCGAGCCGGCUGUGCUGGGUCGACUGCGCGAGGACGAGGGCACUUGGGUGCAGGUGUCCCUGCUGCACUUUGUGCCCACCAGCGAGGCCAACGGCCACAGGCUGGGCUGCCAGGCCUCCUUCCCCAACACCAGCCUGCAGUUCGAGGGCUACGCCAGCCUGGACGUCAAGUACCCCCCGGUGAUCGUGGAGAUGAACUCCUCAGUGGAGGCCAUUGAGGGCUCCCACGUCAGCCUCCUCUGUGGGGCAGACAGCAACCCCCUGCCGCUGCUGACCUGGAUGCGUGACGGGACCGUGAUGCGGGAGGCCGUGGCCGAGAGCCUGCUGCUGGAGCUGGAGGAGGUGACCCCUGAGGAGGAUGGCGUCUAUGCCUGCCUGGCAGAGAACGCCUAUGGCCAGGACAACCGCACCGUGGACCUCAGUGUCAUGUAUGCUCCCUGGAAGCCGACAGUAAACGGGACAAUGGUGGCCGUGGAGGGGGAGACAGUCUCCAUCUCAUGCUCUACACAGAGCAAGCCGGACCCCAUUCUCACCAUCUUCAAGGAGAAGCAGAUCCUGGCCACGGUCAUCUAUGAGAGUGAACUGCAGCUGGAGCUGCCGGCAGUCAAGCCCGAGGAUGAUGGAGAGUACUGGUGUGUGGCUGAGAAUCAGUAUGGCCAGAGGGCCACCGCCUUCAAUCUGUCUGUGGAAUUUGCCCCUGUGAUCCUCCUGGAGUCGCACUGUGCAGCCGCUCGGGACACAGUGCAGUGCCUUUGUGUGGUGAAGUCCAACCCAGAGCCGUCCGUGGCCUUUGAGUUGCCUUCACGCAAUGUGACGGUGAAUGAGACGGAGAGGGAGUUCGUGUACUCAGAGCGCAGCGGCCUCCUGCUCACCAGCAUCCUCACACUGCGGGGGCAGGCCCAGGCCCCGCCCCGGGUCAUCUGCACCUCAAGGAACCUCUACGGCACCAAGAGCCUGGAGCUGCCCUUCCAGGGAGCCCACCGACUGAUGUGGGCCAAGAUUGGGCCAGUGGGAGCCGUGGUUGCCUUUGCCAUCCUAAUUGCCAUCAUCUGCUAUAUUACCCAGACACGCAGGAAAAAGAAUGUGACAGAGAGCCCGAGCUUCUCAGCAGGGGACAACCCUCCUGUCCUGUUCAGCAGUGACUUCCGCAUAUCUGGGGCACCUGAGAAGUAUGAGAGUGAGAGGCGCCUGGGAUCCGAAAGGAGGCUACUGGGGCUUCGUGGGGAGCCCCCGGAGCUGGACCUGAGCUAUUCCCAGUCGGACCUGGGAAAACGACCCACCAAGGACAGCUACACUCUGACAGAGGAGCUAGCUGAGUAUGCUGAAAUCCGUGUCAAGUGAGGGAGCUGGGGGCAGCCUGCGUGGCCACCCCCCCCUCAGGACCCUCGCUGGCCCCCACUGGCUGUGGGCUCCCUUCUUCCCUAAAGUAGUGGGGGGCUGGGGUAGGAAGGGGAUGGGGCAGGUGACAGUCCUGGGGCCUGGCCUCCCCUCCUCCCCAGCUGCCCUCCUUGCCCACACCUACACCCCACAUUUCAGCUCCCCUCUACUCUCCUUUAACCUCUUCUGUCUGGAGGGGAGCUCUGUCUGUCCGUGUUAUUUAUUGCUACCCCCCUGCCUGGUCAUCUGCCCCCAUACCUGGCCCCAGGGCCUUUACAAAAGGGACAUGAAAUAAAUGCCCCAAAGCCAA